AUGGUUUUGGAGGUUUGUGGUUACAUGAUUGAUAAAAUGGUUUACCCUAAUUUUGUCACUUUCAGAAUUAUGAUUGAUGCUCUUUGUAAAGAAGGGUUGUUGGAGAGGAAUGUUGAUACGGUGGAUCCGAUUGUUGGAAAGCGAAAUUCACAAUUGCCUUCGGUGAUUGUUAUGUCGAGUUUGAUAUUGAGAAUGUUGGAAAUGGAAAAUGAGGAGGGAGAAGAAGGAGAGUUGGUUAAGUUAGUUAGAUUGUUGAAGAGAUUGUUGCAGAAGAAUUUGAUUGGUGAUUCUAUUGCUUAUUCGUUGAUUGCUCAUGUUAAAGUUAGAUUAGGGGAUUUGGAUUUUGCUUUGGAGAUGUAUAAUGAGAUGGUGAGGAGAGGUUUUAGAGAGAAUUUGUUUGUAUACACCUCGUUUAUACAAGCGUUUUGUGAGAGGGGACGGAUUGAAGAAGUGGUUGGAUUGAUGAGGGAAAUGGAAGGGAAGGGGUUAGGGGCUUAUGGUGAGACUUAUGAAUUUGUUAUAGUUGGACACGCGGAUUCGGGAUGGGUGGAAGAGUGUUGGAGUGUUUUUGAAGAAAUGAUGAAUGUUGGGUUUGUUCCUGGUUGUUUAUUGUUUGAUAAGGUGGCCGAGAAGCUUUGUGAGAAUGGGGAUGCGGAGAAGGUAAAUGAUAUGCUGAGUGCUGGGUUUUUACCGAGUAAUGUUACUGAUUCACAUUUGAUAGAUGGUUAUGCGAGAAAGGACGAAGUGAAAAGAGUUCUUAAUAUAUAUUAUAAAAUGGAGUAUAAGUCUGUGUCCUGGAUCGUCUGUUUAUCCGUCGAUGAUUCAAUGUUUGUGCUAUUUUGGAAAGGUUGA